UUCAUCUCCCUCCAUUCCUUCUACACUUGAUUUUGCUCUUCUCUUUCCACACCCCAAAGCCAAACUUUUCCCAACCCUAAUCCUAAUUAAUCAUUCUCCCCUUCUCCUUCAAUCCUCCAUCAUCGAUCUCCGAUUCCAGCUCUGCAACUGCACGCGGAGUUGUUCGUGAUUCUCUCAUUCGAGAGUUUCGAUCGCAGAGGCUCGUCCAAAUCCGAGUUUGCAGUUUCGCCUCCUUCACGUUCUUUCCCGAGUUGGGUCGGUUGUCGAAGCGCGACCGUCGGAAAUUGUCGCUGUUCUUCCUGCUAUCGAUUCGACGAUUGCAUCGCUCAGCUCCUAACUGUCGCUGUGCCGGUGCCACGGUGGUUUCUGUUUCCAUAGAGGGCUUCGAAGGAGAUUCUUCUCUUGAAUCGGUCGUAUUCGGAAUACUCUGAUUUGUUAUGGUUUUCAUUGAGAGCAGCUGCAACGGAAUCUGAAUUAGCGGAGAUUCUGAAUGCGUAACGGAAUUUUGUGAAGAAGUUCAAGAUUCCGCGUUGAUUUUUACUGGCAGAAGAGAAUUCUAGUAGUGUUCGUGCUCUCAGCCUCAGCCCGGUUCGAUUUGAUCGAUCUUAACCCUAGUAAUUUGCAAGUGGAGGACAAAAACAGAGAAAAGAAGAAAAAAAGAAAGAGAUUUGGAUAUAGUAUUGUACUGUUUGUUUUGUUUUGAUUUAUUUAAUAUCAAGGGCCAUUCUAGUUUUUGAAUUUCAUAGGCCCUUUUAAUUCAUCGUGUACUUUUGUUAUCAUUGAUCUUAAUCUUUAUACGAUGGCGGUGUAUUAUAAAUUUAAGAGUGCAAGAGAUUAUGAUUCAAUUCCCAUGGACGGUCCUUUCAUCUCUGUUGGAACAUUGAAAGAAAAAAUAUUUGAAUCCAAGCAUUUAGGCAGGGGUACUGAUUUUGAUCUCGUGGUAACCAACGCCCAGACCAAUGAAGAAUAUCUUGAUGAAGCAAUGCUGAUUCCUAAAAAUACCUCAGUGUUAAUUCGUCGGGUUCCUGGUCGGCCACGUUUACCAAUUGUUACUGAACUAGAGCAAAAAAAGGUGGAAAAUACGGCUAUGGAAGCCGAACCUGAAAACAGCAGCUUAUCGGCUGAAGAUGCAUCUGCUGUAAAAUAUCCAGAAGAUUCAGAUUGGGAUGAAUUUGGAAAUGAUUUGUAUGCGAUUCCUGAUGUACCACCCAUUCAAUCAAGCAACUUAAUUCCUGAAGCUCCUCCAACCAACAAAGCUGAUGAAGAAAGUAAGAUAAAGGCUUUGAUUGAUACUCCUGCCUUGGAUUGGCAACGUCAAGGAUCGGACUUUGGUGCUGGUAGAGGUUUUGGAAGAGGUAUGGGUGGACGGAUGGGGGGUGGUCGUGGUUUUGGGCUGGAGCGGAAAACACCUCCCCAAGGCUAUGUAUGUCACAGGUGCAAGGUUCCUGGCCAUUUUAUUCAGCACUGCCCUACAAAUGGUGAUCCAAAUUAUGACAUCAAGAGAGUUAAACAACCUACUGGUAUUCCGAGAUCCAUGCUGAUGGUGAACCCACAAGGUUCCUAUGCUCUACCAAAUGGUUCAGUAGCUGUAUUGAAGCCAAAUGAGGCUGCUUUUGAGAAAGAAAUAGAAGGUUUACCUUCCACCACACGUUCUGUUGGGGAUCUACCACCUGAGCUCCACUGCCCCUUGUGCAAUGAUGUGAUGAAAGAUGCUGUGCUGACAAGCAAGUGCUGUUUUAAAAGCUUUUGUGACAAAUGUAUUAGGGACUAUAUUAUCUCCAAGUCCAUGUGCAUAUGUGGUGCAACAAAUAUUCUUGCAGAUGAUCUUUUACCAAAUAAGACCCUAAGAGAUACUAUUAAUCGUAUAUUGGAGUCAGGCAGUAGCAGUGCUGAAAACUCUGGGAGCACCUUUCGAGUUCAAGAUAUGGAGUCUGCUCGUUGUCCACAACUGAAGCUUCCAUCUCCAACCUCAUCGGCUGCAUCUAAGGGAGAACCAAAGAUUUCACUUGUUUGUGAAGGAAUGACAAAUGUACUGGAAACUGUUGAUGAUAAAAAAACAGUUUCUGCUCCAGCUCCAUUGCAAACAUCAGAGCAAGUGAAGCCCAGAGUGCCUGAUGUAAGUGAAGCUACACAUGAGUCAACGAGUGUAAAGGAACCAGCCUCACAAGGGAGUGCUCAGUUGGUUGAGGAGGAAGUCCAGCAAAAAAUGGUUCCUGCUGAGGCAGGAAAGAAGAAAAAAAGGAAGAAAGUCUGUUUGCCUGCAAAUGAUUUUCAGUGGAAAAACCCACACGACCUUGGGUCUGAGAGCUACAUGAUGCCAAUGGGCCCAGCACCUGGUUACAAUUCAUACUGGAAUGGCAUGCAACCUUGUAUGGAAGGAUUUAUGGGACCAUAUGGUGGCCCGAUGCAAAUGAUGGGUUAUGGCCUGGGCCCCUUGGACAUGCCAUUUGCAGGUGGUCUGCCUCAUGAUCCAUUUGGCAUGCAGGGUUACAUGAUGCCUGUUGUUCCACCUCAUAGGGAUCUUGCUGCUGAGUAUGGCAUGGGGAUGAAUGUUCCACCUCCAGUUAUGAGUAGAGAGGAGUUUGAAGCUCGGAAAGCUGAUGGUUGGAGAAAGCGUGAAAAUGAGAAACGGAUUGAUAGGGAUUUCUCCAAAGAUCGAGAUUUUGGUAGGGAAGCGAGCAGUAUUGGAGAUGUUCCUAUGAAAUCAAAAACUAAAUCGCUUCCAGCACCUCCAAGUAGUGAGUACCACCAUCCCCAACCUCAUCGUCACCGUGCGGAACGUGUGUCACCUGAUCGGUCACGACCGCCUCCACGUCCUAUCAAGAGAAAAGCUGACAACCAUGUGGAUCGGGAACAACGUGACCAUGAUCAUGAUCGUGACCAGAGGGACCACCGUGAUCGAGGAAGAGGCCAUCACCACCAUCGCGACUAUCGGUCAUAAUCCUCUUCCCGGAUGACCAAAACCUCGUCAACUGUACCACAGCUGCAGACCGCAAGCAAGGCCAGUGUUUUCUCCCGCAUAAGCUUCUCCGCUGAGGAAGAAAUGACCAAGAAGAGGAAGAUAUCUGCCUUUCCCACAACUUAAGCUGCUUCAGCUAGUCCCCUGCCACAUCUUCAUAGUAGCCUUUCGAAAGGCUACUAUGAAGGAACCAUGAAGGCAGGAAGAGCGGCAUUUCAAACGGAGGCCAUCAAGACACAAGUUGUCUACCUAGACUAAAAAGCAGUUCUUCAUCCUCUGCUUAGGCCAGAUCGGAUAAUUUAUUUAAAUAAGUUCUUUUGAAAGAAGAGCUUUAAAAUAUAAGACAGUUUAUAAAUAAAUUAUUUUAUAUUUAGAUUUUUAGUUAUAGAAGUACUUAUUCUAAAGUUGUAGUAUUUAGAUAAAUAAUUCAAAAAAUAUAAUUUUUUACACAAGA